AACGGAAGUAUUCGCCGAGUGCGGCCAUCGAUUGGUAUUAUCAAUACCAAACCUUAUACCUACGUCUGAUGGCCGAGAAUCAAAUGGCCGAAAGUGUUAGCUGUACUGGAAACGCCUUACCUGAUAAGGAACAACAAGCUACGAGUAGAAAACAUCCGAAGGAUAACGCUAACAAUUUGGAAAAAGUUGUUCAAGAUGCAUCCGUUAACCUGGAUAAUACUAAUCUCCAAGGAAAUUGCGGAAAUGUGAACAUACGCGGUGACUCAAGUGGUUACUCUUGUCUACGCUGCGGAAACGCAUACACCAGGCCGCACUCAUUGAACCGUCACAUUAGAUUCGAAUGCGGUGUCGAGCCACAAUUCGAAUGUCCAAUUUGUCACAAAAAGUCGAAACACAAGCAUAAUCUUUUAUUACACAUGCGAACUCAUCAAAAACCAUGAGUACGAAUUUCGAUUCGUGCUUGAUUCUUCUUUUUCCGUAAUUUUUUUUAUAUCGGAAAUCAAUGAGUUCAACCAUCAAGCGAGAUGAACUUCUUAUAGAUUAGACUAAUUUUUGAAGUACGUUCGAUAGGCCAAUCUAUUUUUUGUUUCUUUAUAUAUAUAUGUGUGUGUGUAUGUGUGUGUGUAUAUAUAUUUAUAUAUAUAUAUAUAUAUAUAUAUAUAUAUAUAUAUAUAUAUAUAUAUCGAAAGAUUAUUUUUCUUUCUUUAUAAUAUAUCAUCGUAAUAUUUCGAGGAAUCGAAUAGGAUUCGUCAAAUGGAAUCCUUGAAAAUGAACUUGAAAAUUCUUCCUUAUCAGUUAACAAGGUCUUCCAAAGAGUUAGACAUGUAAGUUUCUUUGUUAUCUCUUCUAUUCUUCGUUAUGAUUAUACAUUGCAAGAUAAUAUUUUUAUUAUAUAGGAUAGCAACUCUGCGGAACAAAAAAUUGUAUUAUUCUAUUUUCUUUUCUUUAUUUUUUUUUUUUUUUUUUUAAUUAGAUAUAACUAUUAUUUUUAUAUAAAUAUUCUCGGGUGCUCGAUCCUUUACAGCAUUUGUAGAAACAUUAUAAAAAUUAUUAUUACCAUUACUAUUAUGAUUAUUAUUAUUAUUAUUAUUAUUAUUACUACUACUAUUAUUACUGUUGUUAUUAUUAUUAUUAUUAUUAUUAUUAUUAUUAUUAUUAUUAUUAUUAUUAUUAUUAUUAUUACUAUUGCCGAAAAACUGUUCAAAUUAAUUCGUUGUGAAAAAAUUUCUUAUUUUCUCCAUCAAUCAGUAUCGUCAAAUGAUAAGCUUACGAUCUCGAAUAUACGUAACGUUACCGAAAAUAGACUGAGUUACUGCCAUUAAAAAAAAAAAAGCUACAUUAUCCAUACAAAAAUUCUGUAUUUCUUUUCUUUUUGUGUUUUUUUCUUACUUUAAUUUUUUUAAUUUUGUUUUGUUUUUUUUUUCCUUUUAGAUACUAUAUAAAUAUUAUAUACUAUAUUAAUCACGCGUGUCCCAAAAAAGGGUAUCCAAGUUUGGCAUAUCCCAUAUACUAAAUAUAUAUGUUACAUAUAUUACUCUACACGCUUAAAAGAAUAUAUAUAUAUAUAUAUAUAUAUAUAUAUAUAUACAAAAUUUUCAUUUUCGUUAAUAUAUUAUCAGGCGAAAAAAAUGCUUAAAUAAAUAUAAAUAAUUUAAUUAACUAUAAGUGCCAGUCGCGCUACUUAAAGACUAAGACAUAUAAGCUGUGAUCCAAUAAGGUGCCACAUAUGAGUUGUGAACAAAGAAAAAAAAAAAAGAAAAAAAAAAUAAGAAAAUAAAAAGGAGAUGUUAUGUUAAAAAAAAAAAAAAAGAAAA